CUCCAGGGGAUGCUGGCUUGGGGUUCUUCAUGAAGCUUUCUUGCUAUCAAAAGCAUUUUCUUAUAUUGCGGACAUGGAAACAUUAAAAGAAAAUUUGAGAAACAAUGUGCACUUUGAAGCUGUCAGUAGUUCUCAAGCUCUCUGUUGCAUCAAGCCAUCUGAAAGCUACACCUGUUGAAACUCCUCAGGUGGAAACAUGGAAACGCAACACUGCCACAUGUGCAACACAAUUCCUGGCAAAGUUUUUAGUUUGUACCAGCAACAAUUUUGGUGCCACUCUCUCAUCUACCAAUAUGGGACCCAAUACAUAUGGCAAGAGGAAUACAGUUGAGGUUUUAAACAGAGAACCAUUGAAUUACUUACCCCUUUAGAAGGCAAUGUAUAAUACUGCUACAGUUUUUACUGCUUAUGUAUAAAUACUCUAGUGAUUUCCUGUAUAAUUUAAUGUCUUUUUUAUUUCAAGCCUGAAUAGUUGAG